GUGCCGCUGAGCCCCGAGGUCGCUCGGCCGCCAUAGCCAUGAGCUGUACCGCGCUGCUGGGGCUCAGGGGACAGCGGUUGUUGAGGGCCGUCGCCCGCCCUCCCCGCUGGAGCAGGCGGCGCAGCACCGGCUGCGAGCCCCCGGCGGGAGCCGCGGUGCGCAUCGGCUGCGCUUCGGGCUUCUGGGGAGACACGGCGAUAGCGGUGCCGCAGCUGCUGUACGGAGGGAAGCUGGAUUUCCUCGUCUUCGAUUAUCUCUCGGAGAUUACCAUGUCGUUGCUGGCGGCUGCCAAAGCCCGGUCUCCCGUUUUAGGUUGCACUCCAGAUUUUGUCUCUGCUGCCAUGGCUCCCUAUAUAAAAGAUGUUCACAGGAAAGGCGUUCGUGUCAUCAGUAACGCUGGUGGAGUUAAUCCGCUUGCUUGUGCAGCUGCCCUUCAGGAGGUGGCAAAGAAAGCAGAUGUUGAUUUGAAAAUAGCUGUUGUUGCUGGAGAUGAUUUAAUGAGUGAGAAGGAGAACCUAAAAGGAGCUGGUAUCACUGAUAUAGACAGUGGCAAACAAUUUCCAGAGAGCAUUCAUAGCAUGAAUGCGUAUCUUGGAGCAAGGCCAAUAAGCAGGGCUCUUGACCUUGGAGCUGAUAUUGUUGUGACAGGUAGAUGUGUCGACAGUGGGAUUGUAUUAGGACCGCUCAUUCAUUCUUUUGGCUGGAAUAGGGAUGAAUUUGACUUGCUUGCUGCGGGAAGCCUUGCAGGUCAUCUCAUUGAAUGUGGUGCUCAAUGUACAGGUGGAAUAUUCACUGAUUGGCAUGCAGUACCAGACUGGCACAACAUAGGCUUUCCCAUUGUAGAAUGUUCCUCUGAAGGAGACUUCAUUCUUUCCAAACCACCAGACACUGGGGGACUAAUCUCUUUUGGCACUGUAGCUGAACAGCUGGUGUAUGAAUUGGGCGAUCCUCAGCGCUAUCUCUUACCAGAUGUCACAUGUGACUUUUCCAAAGUUUCCAUCACUGAAAUUCCAGGUUUUGAUGGUGGGGCAGUGAAAGUUCACGGAGCAAAAGGAUCGCCUCCUUCAGCAUUUUAUAAGGUUAGUGCCACUUAUCUUGAUGGCUUCAGAGCUACUGCUGUCUGUCCAGUGGGAGGUCCAAAAGCAGUACAAAAAGGAAAACACACUGCAGAAGGUAUUCUGCAGAGGACUCGUCUUAUUUUCAGUCAGCUUGGGUAUGAAGAUUACAGUGCAGUUAACAUACAGGUUUUAGGGUCUGAAGAUACAUAUGGACCUCAUGCUAGAAGGAGUAUAGAUGGUCAGGGUCCUCGAGAAGCUGUUAUUUGGCUUGCUGUACACCAUAAGCAAAAAGAAGCUGUAGAAAUCUUCUCCAGAGAAGUUGCUUCAGCUGGAACUGGCAUGGCACCUGGCCUCACUGGAAUUGUUGGAGGGCACCCCAGAGUGUCUCCAGUUUUGAAGCCAUUUUUCUUCUAUUAUCCCAAAAGCAAUGUUCAGGUCAGCCUAUUUCUAAAUGGGCAGCAUGUUGAGACGUUUGAGGAGGAUAUUACCUUUACAUCAGAUGAGGUUGUUUCAUUUGAUCCACCUGAGAUUAGCACUGAAUUGAAAGAUCUGCCAAGUGGUCCACAUACUUACCGCUUAGAAGAUCUUGCCUAUACUAGAAGUGGAGACAAAGGCAACUCUGCAAACAUAGGUGUGAUAGCACGGCAUCCCCUCUACUAUCCAUACCUAAAGAAAACUUUAACUGCUGAAGCCCUGGAGAACUACUUCCAACACCUUUUUGAGCAAGAAAAACCUGAAGAAGAGCUAGUAACGAGAUAUGAGUUGCCAGGAAUCCAUGGAUUAAAUUUUGUUCUGAAGAAUUCCCUUGGUGGUGGUGGCAUAGCAUCCCUAAGAAGUGACCCACAGGGCAAAGCACUUGGACAGAUGCUGUUGGAUUUUCAGAUUAAAAAUGUUCCUGAUUUAAAAUCACUGAUAGAGUAACAGGUGUUUAAUACAUAUGCUUUUAACACUGAGUGGUAUCAAAAUGUUACAAACAAGAACUGGCUUCUUGAGAUACUCUUUUUUCUUAAAGAGUAGAAAUUAGUGACAGUUAUCUCUCAGAGGCUUAGCUAUAUGGCACAGAUUAGCAAAUGUUUUGAGCAAUACAAGGCUAAUAGCUUUGUCCUUGACUGAUAACAUUUCCCUUCCAGAUAAUACAUUGGAUGAAGAAUUAAUUUAUUUUCUGUAAAAAAGAAUUAAUUAAAUUGCAACAUAACAUUUAAUAAUAAGAUGAACUUUGUUCAAAGAUGGAAAUUACAUCCUGUUCAGUCCAUUUCCCUUUUCCUUCUGUCAGUCUUUAUUUGAAAAUUAAAUGGACUG